GUUGACCUAGAAGUUUUUCCUAAAAUGGCGUUUAUGCUUUCAACUAACGCAUCGUGAGUUUUUCAGUGUUCCGUUAAUUGCAGUUUAUCCAGGAUAAUAAAGCCAUUGAUAAGUGAAAGACAUCGGAGCUCAUCACCAUCGUUGGAUCGUUUGUGUUACAUUCAAUAAUAAAGGACGGUAAAAUCUCAUAAUUUGUAUCCGCGUGAAGUUGUAUGUCGACUUGGUAGGGUACGACAUUUUAGAAGGUAGGGGAAAGAGAUAGAGAUAUUGGGGUGAUACAUCACGCCAGGCAAUGUCGGAAAGUGAAGCUGUUGCGUCUCAACAGAAGCAUCAGCAUUUUAUUCAGCAGCAGCAGCAGCAGCAGCAGCAGCAGAUCAACCAUAACCAGAUGGCUAACAUGGCAUGGCAGUAUCUUCCAGGGAAUGUCCCUAUGUAUCAGUCAUUUCCAAAUCAAGUGUACGGUCAGGGCUACAACCACCAAGGCCAGCUAUACUACUACAACCAGGGAAUGAUGCCAGGAUAUGGGCAGUCCUUUAAUCCUAUGCAGUUACCCCAAACAAUUCAAAAUAAUCUCACUAAACAACCCCAACAGCAGCAGCAGCAGCUUCAACAGCAGCCAGCUGUUCCAGGUCAGCCAAUGGCUCUCGAUGAUGAUGCUGAUUUACCCCCACUACCACCAGGACCACCACCACCCACUCAACCACCUCCUCAGCAUAAUAAUCAGUCGAAUCAAAAUCAAUUGCAAAAUCAUACCAUGUUCGUGUAUAAUUCCUUUCCCUACAAUGGGUGGAAUGGCCAACAGACUGACGUAAAUCAAUUUAGUAAUCCUCAAAUUCGUUUUAACCUUCCUAAUAAAAAACCCGGGCUUGGUUUCAUUCCAUCAGGAAAUAGUGGUGCAGCGAAGAAGAAAAGGAAAAAGAAUAAAAAUAUGGCGCAACAGCAGCAACAACAACAGCAACAACAACAGCAGCAACAACAACAACAACAACAACAACACCAAGCACAAUUCACCCCAGCAUUUCAGACAAGCAAUCAAUCCCAGAUUUUCAACCAAACAAUUGAGACCAAGUCCGAAUUGCCACUAUUACCACCAGUGAAAAAUGAAACCCCCGUAGCACCCUCAGUUCCCACACUAACGAAAACUACCCCCGAGGUUCCCAGCCAGGCAAAAAUCCCUCACCUCCCAGUGUCACAAUCUCCCCCAGUUAUUGGUAAUGAAUCGACGGUAGGUAAUCCGACAAAUCCAGUUGGCGAUUGGCCAGAGUGCCUCAAGAAUUACGUUCAUCGUUGCUACGAAAAAUGCAAAACAGCUGUUGACAAGGAUCAGGUUGAAAUAAUAUUGAAGGGUAAAAUAACACGUUCCGCAAAUGAUGGCUCACUCUGGAUUAAGAAUUGGGACAAGGAGCCUUUGCCAAGUAUUCACAGUGAACGAAUGACAAUGACAAUAAAACCACAACAAAAUGUUAUUCUCAAACAGAGUCCAAUUGCCAUGGGACAGGGAGGCAUGCGCAAAUCUAGCCUAUCGACGUCACUUGGUGCUAGAUUGGGCGCUCGUCUCUCUGCCAUUAAUCGACGUGACAAAUCUAGAUCAAGAUCGAGAUCACACAGUCCACCUGCUAGAAAGUAUCGUAGAAGUUCGUCAUCGUCGUCGAGUAGUGAGAGGGGGCACGAUUACAAGAGUAAGAGUAAAAAAUCGACGAGGAGUGGAAAGAGCACGAGGGAUAACAAAAAGAGUAAAAAGGGAAAACAGGGAAAAUCACAUUUCUAUUCGGAGUUCGGGUUGGGGGGGAGCGAGGAGUUAGGGAGUAAGGAGAAACUGCAGCAGAGGGCUGCUAGAUUUCAUGAUAGUAUUAACAGGAGUUCCAGUAGGGAUGACGCCAAUGACUUUGAUUUCACAGGAUUGCAUAUUGUGGGGACUUGCAAAGAUAUCGAGAAACCCUAUCUUCGUCUUACUUCUGCCCCUGCGGCGUCGGCCGUACGACCGGUAAGUGUUCUGAAAACCUCCCUUGGGCACGUGAAAGACAAAUGGCUUGCCGGCCAGGACUACAGAUACGCGUGCGAUCAGUUAAAAUCCAUUCGUCAAGACUUGACGGUACAGGGUAUUAGGGAUUCAUUUACUGUACACGUUUACGAAACACACGCGCGUGUUGCAUUAGAGAAGGGUGAUCACGAGGAGUUUAAUCAGUGUCAGACACAGUUGAAAAUGCUUUAUCAGGAUCUCGAGGGGGAAAAUCGGUGUGAGUUUGUGGCUUAUCGCAUACUCUACUGCAUCUUCACCAAGAACACCCAAGAUCUCACCACAAUAAUGGCAGACUUAACCGAGACAGAUAAAGCCAACGAGUGCAUAAAGCACGCCCUUCGUGUCCGGUCUGCUUGGUGGUUGUGUAAUUAUCACAUGUUCUUCAAACUCUACAAGCAAGCUCCCUGCAUGGCAGGCUUUCUCAUGGACUGGUUCAUAGCAAGAGAGCGAAAGCUCGCCUUGAAGAACAUGAUCAAGUCCUAUCGGCAAAAUUUGGCGGUUGAUUUCAUCGUUGCGGAAUUGGCCUUUGAAUCAUUGGACAAGUUUUAUGAAUUUGUGACUGAUUUUGGAUUAAUUUAUGCCGAUAACGAGCGUCAGCAACUUGAUUGCAAAGCGAGCACAGGCUCAAUUGGUGCUUGGUGAAAAAAAAAUCACCACCAAUUAUCGAAAAAAAAAAUGUCCCUUUUAAUCCUUAAUCGUCCAUAAAAUCGAAAAAAAAAGUAUUAGAGAAAAUUUAAUCGCGCCUGCCCGCGCUGUACAUAAAUCACUUGUACAUAUGUGUUUAUUAAUUGUACACAUGUAUUCGUUAUUGCAUACAUGUGUAUUAAACUGUACAUGACGUUCGUCGCAUUUUCAUCGUUCGGAGGUAUCUCGGGGAACAAAGAAUCCAAUCGAGCUGCCUCUCGUCAUUUUCCAGGAUGACUUCUUUAUUUAAUCAUCACGUCUGAUUAACGAAGGAUUAUUAGUAGGACAAUUUUAUUGGUGGGCCCACUGGCAGAAUUAUUCACUCGGGGGAAUGGAUUUUAUGGUGUUAAAAGAGCUCUUGCAGGACCGGAGUUGCUGAUGAUGAUAAAGAAAUUGCUGCUGAUUCAAGUGUGUAUGGAGAAACGAUGGAUUCUGAAGCUGUGAACACAACGGGAGGAAGACUCUUUGACUAGAAGAGGAGCCUUGAGUGUCGCUUCAGGAUGUUUUUAAUGAUUUUUACGGUUCAAAUGGAGUACCGAGGGGUGAAUGAACUGCCUGACAUGGGAAAUUAAUUUUUCUUGGCUCUCUAGAGCUGAGAGAAACCUUCGAGAACUUGGUUGGAGUCCAGGGAAUUGGAGAUGAUCGAUUUUUGGAUUACACCUGUACCUGCGAUUGAAGUCCUCAUUGUGCAUAACUAAAAUCAUUUCCUCGUUCAUUAUGUUUAAUUUAUAAGUUUCUUUUAUAGAAUUCCAUUUUUUCAAAUUUAUCACUGAAUCGUUCACUAGAAUUGUAUUUAUUACAGUGGCUAACGAUCCAGUAUGAAUUUAACCAUUGGUUAUUUGAUAAAUUAUGAGAUUAAUAAAAUAAUAAAAUUAUAACAA